AUGAACAACAACGGAGAGAGACUGGUGGCCUUCAGCAACAUGAAUGACCUGGUCAUUGGAGGGACCUUGUUUCCGCAUCGACUGAUCCACAAGCUGACAUGGUGCUCCCCAAAUGGACGAGACAAGAAUCAAAUAGACCAUUUAAUGAUUAGCGGGAUGUGGCGACGUUCACUAAUGGAUGUCAAGGUGAGGAGAGGAACUGAUGUUGGUAGCGACCAUCACCUGGUAGCAGCCUCUAUCCAUCUCAAGCUUAGAAGCACUGGUCCACAGCCCAAAGGUCACAUACGUUUCGACGUGGAUAGACUGAAGGAUGCAGGUGUAAGAACAGAAUUUACCCUUCAAUUGAGGAAUAGAUUUCUAGCUCUAAAAAACCAUGACGAGCCGAUGGAGGGAGAACAGGAUGAGCUCCUUAACAACAGAUGGGACAUGAUUACAUCAGUGUAUAGACAGAGCAGCGAGAAAUGCGUAGGCAAGAUACAGAAAGAAGAAAAGAAAAGACUGGAUGACACCUGA